AUGGACGCAAAACCCUUGCCGCCCUCUGCUCGCUCGCAUCCACUGCCACUGCACCAGCCAAUCGUCGCCGUCGCUCGACCCGUCAAGAGCUCUCCUCCAAGCACACCAAGCACCCGUUUGCCAGCCGACACGGCAGCUCUCCAACAAUCACCGCCCACCGCCCACUCCUCCUCGUCACAGGGCCACGGCCAACAACCUGACCGCGACGCCGCCGCUCCCACCACCACCCCUCGACACGCACCUCUCAGGGCGCCCGAUCCCGCCAAGAGAGUGACCACCGGCAAAAACGAUGCUCUCCGCGACGCUAUCGACCGUCACGCAGUGAGGGAGCAGCUUCACACGCAGCAGCAAUCGCAGCACCAUUCGCCGCAAAACACCCCCAGCUACCACUCCAGGCAGGCCGCGCAACCCGCGGUCCCAGCCGCCGCACCGCACGCCUCACCUCCUGCCUCUCCCAAAACCAUGUCCACCAGCAGCGCGGCCUCUCGCCAGCCUGCUGCUGCUGCUGCUGCUGCUGCUGCUGCUGCGCCCCUCAUGGCCCAUCGCACUGCGUCGAUUGAUUCGACCGUCUCGACGCUAUCUUCGACCUCACAGCGACCGAAUGGGGGAAAUUCCUACCGGGUAUCCGAGUCGGCCACGCCUCAGGAUGUUGCCGCCUUCAUAUCUGCAGCCGGUUCUGCAGACGCCGCGGUACAGAAGCUGCUCACAGAGAAGCAGCAAGCCGCUUCUCACAACGCGCAGCUGUGGAGAUUGGUGGAAAAGCAGCGAGCUAUGAUUCUGGGCUUGAACAAGGAUCUGGAAAAGGCCUUGAAGGAGAAGGAGCGCUACAGGCGGAAGCUGAAGGAACAGCUGGCCCAGUCUACAUCGGCGCCUGCGUUGAUAACCUCCACCGGACGAGCCGACGGAUUGGACUCUCAAGAUGCCAGCUCGAGCUCUUCGCACGUCGGACAGCCUUCAGAUGCGUCACGCGACAUCAGUGUCGACACGCGGAAGACAAGCGAUGCCUCAGAGGUGCUGUCAGCAAUCGCUGGUCGUUCAGAUACGCCUCAAGAUGCACCGUAUGGAACGUCCUCGGCGCUGCCAGCAACACCGCAGUCUGCGGAUAGCAUAAAGAGCGGGCAGCGAGAGCUCGACCGCGCAGAAGUGACGCCUGUCGCGCCCCAGGGACCUUUUGACGCGAAACCCGCAAUCGCGACAGUCCAACACGCACCCAAGACUCACACUCCUCCAAUGUCUCCCAAACUGGUCACGGUUUCACAGUCGUCACAUGGCCACCAGAAGAGCAUGUCCAACUCCUCCGCACAGCAGAGCCCGCCUCCAUCUGCAGUUUCAAUGUCCAGCCCCAAGACGAGGAAAGCUCCUCCCGCACCGCUGAAACUCGAUGCAUCGCGGUCUGAUCCCGCUGUCGCCAAUAACAUCAUUGACGCGUCCGAUUCCGAAUACGAACAAGAUCCCGAAAGCGCACGCUCGGAGUACAUUGAGCGAGGUCGUAGAAAGACGCGGGAAGACGAUGAUCGCGAGCGAGUGGUGUUGGCGCGACAAGAAGAGGAGCAGCGGAGCAAGUCGGAGACGGGGAAGAAGAGCAACAGUCGACCUACUGAGCCUAUGCAAGCUGCUGCACCACACAGGCAUCCUUCCCGGGGUGCAUCGCGUCAACAGCCGGUUUUCGAACCCACCGCCAACCCGACGGAACUUUUACGGAGCCGCGCCGUCUCGGGCGCCACUGAAAUGCUGCAGCGCAACAACACCGCACCCAGUCUGAUGAGUCCCGGACUACCGAUGAGCCCACGCCCAGGAGACAGGCCACCCAACUCUCCAAUGCCGCGCGCGCCUACUGCGGCAACGAUCUCAAUCCCUAUGUCUCCGAAACAUGGCCUGCCCCUGUCGCCCCGUGCACCGCGACAAGCAAUCCCUUUACCUCCUCAGACACCAAUGUCGAGCAUGUCGCCCCACCUAGACAGAGUCAAGAACUAUAAUCUGCAUCCAGGAUCCAUCUCUACCAUUGCUGAUCGACUGAAGCCGACAUCUGCAGCGGGUGAUGCCGAAGAGAGGGCGUCGAUCUCUACUACCGACACCGCCGCUGCGUCGCCUGGCGAGAUCUACCUGGGCUUAAUGACAGACGAGUAUCCGGGAUUGCUACUUCCGCCCAACGCGUUGCCGUCGAUCUUCGUGAAGACAUCCUCUUCGCGAAUGAAGCCUUCGCGCGCAAGCUUCAUCGCACCAAAGACCGCUGAUGAGAACCCGGUGUUCACACUGGCAGUUUUUUCCCGAAGCGACAUGAGACAAUUGUGGCGUGUGGAGAAGACAUACCAUGCGCUUGCGAGCUUAGAUCAGAAUGUCAAGGGGCUUGUCACAGUCCGGGAUCGCUUGCCCGAGAAGCAGCUGUUUGCUGGGCACUCUCCCGCCAAGAUUGAUGCCAGAAGAAUGGCGCUGAAUCAUUACUUCGAGCGAAUGCUGGAUUCUGUCACGAAUGAGAAGGCGGCAUUGGUCGUGUGCAAGUUCCUGUCGACAGAUACAGUCGGGGGCGAGGGCAGUGACUACUUCAACAACAGUACCACGACUCUCGAUGGGAGGCCCGAUUCGCCGCUCACAAAGCUGAGACCGAACAUGGCAGGCUACCUCACAAAGCGCGGCAAGAACUUUGGAGGGUGGAAGGCGCGGUACUUCGUGCUCGACGGACCAAAUCUGAAGUAUUUCGAGAGCCGUGGUGGUGCCCAAUCCGGGUCCAUCAAGCUUCAGAAUGCCCAGAUAGGCAAGCAGUCAACAAACGCAUCAGCUCAUCAAGAAGACGAGGAAAACCAGUUCCGACAUGCAUUCCUGAUCUUGGAGCCCAAGAAAAAGGACUCCACCAGCCUUGUGCGCCACGUUCUAUGCGCGGAGAGCGACGAAGAGCGCGAUGCUUGGGUGGAAGCCCUUCUCCAAUACGUCGACUACAAGGACGACGAGGAGCCACAACCUGGCCGUCAAGCGCAGGUUUCCAAAUACGAAAUCAGCGGUCCGAGAAGUCCACGAUUACAAAAGUCCAUGACCGAUCUCCGGGCCGAGUCCAAGAGCAGUAUAGGGAGCACGACAUCGAGGUCCAUUGAUCAAGUGCGGACUGUCAACUACAGUGAGACCGUGGCUGGAGAAGCUCCAGUCAUGGUACCACCGAGCAGUCAAAGUCCCUCGCCUCCUUUCGAACAGCCAGCAAGCGCCGCGCCAGAGCAUCCUCUGGUGCAUCCCGCAAUCUCGGGACCGACCAAUGCCCAGCGUAUUCAGGACGCCAGCGAUUGGGGAAUGAAGCCGCCACCUACGCCGGGCGCCAAAGACAAGAAGCGUAGCAUGUUCUCGAACUUGCCGUUCACCCGCGGCCGCUCCUCGUCUGAUCUGGCGCCUGAGAAUGUGAAGUCGCCGGGCUAUGCUUCUGUCUCCAACCGUGGCAUCUUUGGCGUGCCACUUGCCGAGGCCGUGGCAUCUGCACAGCCUGAUGACGCUACCACUGAGUUACCCGCUGUCGUCUACCGGUGCAUCGAAUACCUGACAGCCAGAAACGCCAUCGCAGAAGAGGGUAUAUUCCGGCUGUCAGGCUCCAACACUGUCAUCCGAGCUUUGAAGGACCGCUUCAAUGCUGAAGGCGACGUCAACUUACUUGCCGAUGAGAACUAUUACGACGUGCACGCUGUAGCUAGCUUGCUGAAGAUGUAUCUUCGCGAGCUGCCCGCCAGCAUCCUAACGCGUGACUUGCACUUGGACUUCUUGAAAUGCUUAGAGAUCUCUGGGGACGAAAAGGUGAUUGCGAUCAACAAUCUGGUCAACAGGCUUCCUGCAGCCAACCGCGCGCUUCUCGAAGCGCUGUCGGCUUUUAUGCUUUUAGUUGUCAACAACGUGGAGGCCAACAAGAUGAACGUCCGCAACCGUAAGUUUACCUUAGCUCUCGCUCUAUUACCAGUGUACUGACAAUCGCAGUUGGCGUCGUCUUUUCGCCCACACUGAACCUGCCUGGGCCUCUCAUCUCCUUACUUGUCGAAGAGCAACGUACGAUUUUCGGUCCUGAGCUUGUACCCGGCGAGUCUACCAGCGUGCCGCAGGAGACAGCGAAACAGACAUCGCCCUCAUCCACGGACCUUCGCUCCCCACGGAAACAGAUCUUCACCGACCUGCCGACACCAGCCUACAACCAGACACAAUUUCAGUCUCUUGGCGGCCCCCAUCAGCAGGAUGAUACUGGGUUCACGCCCAUGCAUCCCACAUAUGCCGCCUAUCACAUGGCUCCACAGGGAGACGGCGGAUUUGGCAGUCUGAAUGAUGCCUUACGAUCACCCACCGUAUACGGGACCACUGGAACCGGCGAGCCCACACCUCGGGAUGUCAAAGCCCGACGACGAGAAAGCGGCAUGCUUGUCGUCAAUAAUGGAAUGGGACCGGCGAAGAAGACGUCCAUGUCACGACUUCGGGAGGAGCCGAGCCCAAGCUUUUGA